GGGCGGCCCCCCGGCGGCCAUGGCCCUUCCCGGCAUUCCCUAUGAGCGGCGGCUGCUCAUCAUGGCGGACCCGAGAGACAAGGCGCUGCAGGACUAUCGCAAGAAGCUGCUGGAGCACAAGGAGAUCGACGGGCGCCUCAAGGAGCUAAGGGAGCAGCUGAAGGAGCUCACCAAGCAAUAUGAGAAGUCAGAAAAUGAUCUCAAGGCCUUGCAGAGUGUUGGGCAGAUUGUUGGCGAGGUGCUUAAACAGCUAACAGAAGAGAAGUUCAUCGUGAAGGCUACCAAUGGACCAAGAUACGUGGUUGGCUGUCGCCGUCAGCUUGACAAAAGUAAGCUGAAACCAGGGACAAGAGUCGCUCUGGAUAUGACCACUCUGACUAUUAUGAGAUAUUUGCCAAGAGAAGUGGAUCCCCUGGUUUAUAAUAUGUCUCAUGAAGAUCCAGGGGAUGUCUCAUAUUCUGAGAUUGGAGGGUUGUCGGAGCAAAUCAGAGAGCUGAGAGAGGUAAUAGAACUGCCACUUACAAACCCAGAACUGUUUCAGCGUGUGGGAAUUAUACCUCCAAAAGGCUGCCUGCUCUACGGCCCCCCUGGUACUGGGAAAACACUUUUGGCCAGAGCUGUUGCUAGCCAGCUUGACUGCAACUUCCUAAAGGUGGUGUCAAGCUCCAUCGUGGACAAGUACAUUGGUGAAAGUGCUCGACUGAUCAGAGAGAUGUUCAAUUACGCCAGAGAUCAUCAGCCGUGCAUCAUCUUCAUGGAUGAGAUCGAUGCUAUUGGUGGCCGCCGUUUCUCUGAAGGCACCUCAGCUGACAGAGAAAUUCAGAGGACUCUGAUGGAGCUGUUGAAUCAGAUGGAUGGAUUUGAUACUCUGCACAGAGUUAAAAUGAUCAUGGCUACUAACAGGCCAGACACACUGGAUCCUGCACUUCUGCGACCUGGAAGGCUGGAUAGAAAGAUCCAUAUCGAUCUACCAAAUGAACAAGCCAGGUUAGAUAUUUUGAAGAUUCAUGCGGGUCCCAUCACUAAACAUGGGGAAAUAGAUUAUGAAGCAAUUGUGAAGCUUUCGGAUGGCUUUAAUGGAGCAGACUUAAGGAACGUCUGCACUGAAGCAGGUAUGUUUGCCAUCCGCGCCGAUCAUGACUUCGUGGUUCAGGAGGACUUCAUGAAAGCUGUGAGAAAAGUGGCCGAUUCCAAGAAGCUGGAGUCCAAGCUCGACUACAAACCUGUUUAAUUUAACCGUACCGUUCGUCAUGGAUUGAUGGAUUGCGGGUUAAUGUAUUAAAAAGAGAAAUAACGUA